AAAAAUUCAUAAAAUUGAUAAUCAAAACUGGUCUAAAAUAAAUUAAAACGAUUAAAUUUAUUGUGAGACUUGUGGAGUUAAAUGCUUAUUUAACAUGGUAAAGCACAGAAAGUCGAAUUUAUCUAAUAAACAUGGAAAUAAUAAUGAAACAAGUGGGUCGAGUAGCUCCGAAAAUUCAGCACCUAUACAAUCGUACCAAUUUCAAACAGUAUGGAAAACUGUAGUAGGAGUUACAUGUUUGAUUGUGGCUGUGUAUAUUGGUACUUUAGGGUACCUUGAAACGAGAGUCAACACACCCUUUGACGGUGAAAAGGCUGUACAAGAAACAGGUCUUGAUGUGCCAGAAAGAUACUGGGGUAGCUAUAGACCCGGGGUGUACUUUGGGCUAAAGAGUCGAGAGCCGAGGUCCCCUGUGUUUGGCAUGAUGUGGUAUGAGCUGGCGGCUGCCGCUCAUAAGGGUAUCAGACACUGGUGCGAACAGAACGACAAUCUACCGACGUACGGAUGGAUACGACAUGACGGUUUCACGUUCGGCGAACAGAUAAUAUCGGAUCCGCCGCACGAUAUCGUCACGUCGUAUGUUAAAACGGCCGGUGGGGAACACGGGGGGCAGUGGACUGCUAGGAUCAAUGUCACCUCUGUGGACAAAUCGAAUGCCCCAUUUAUUCUCAUCUGGUACGGAGCGCUAGAUGAAUCGAUGGGCUCCAGUCCAAGUUCGAGAAUUUGGGGUGAAAGAGGUGCAAUAGUGGGGUACACACCCUCGUUGGGUAAUUUUAGAGUGCAUUUGGUGCCGCAUGAAGGUAAAUUACUCCACACAUCAUAUGCAGAUGCCCAUUCUCCAGGCCUACACUUGUUAAAGGAAAAAUAUUACUCACUAUUGAAGAUAGAGAAGCACCCAGCGUUUGGGAGGCUAGCGGUAGUAGGGCAAGAUGACGAGUUGAAUGAUAAGGAAAAACAAGUGAACUUCGUGCCAAUACAAAUGCUAGUGGAAACACCAUUCGUACUAGACAUAGUGUACAGUACUGAAGAUUUACCGACUGCGCCCUUAAAGGGGGCGGAGUAUACGAAGGCUCUGGAACAGAAACGGGAGCAGUUUGAUGAGAAAUUCGAGGAGGAAUUCAAGUUGAGGGAUAAAGGGUAUCCAAUAUCAGAUAUUAAUAUAGCGAAAGCGGCAUUAUCGAACAUGAUAGGCGGUAUAGGCUACUUUUACGGGACUAGCCGGGUGAAAUCCUUGUAUACGAGAGAACCGGUACCGUAUUGGAAAGCCCCGUUGUAUACUGGUGUACCUAGCAGGUCAUUCUUCCCGCGCGGUUUCCUAUGGGACGAGGGUUUCCACGGGCUGCUGGUUGGGAGAUGGUCGGUGGACAUACAGAUGGAUGUGGCCGCUCAUUGGUUGGAUCUGAUCAACGUGGAGGGCUGGAUACCGAGGGAGCAGAUUUUGGGCACAGAAGCGUUAGCCCGCGUGCCAAAAGAGUUCGUAGUGCAAAGCAACGCGGCGGCCAAUCCGCCAAUGUUGUUGAUACAAAUCGCCAGCAUGGUCAAACGUCGGCCAAUGCUGUUCCAACACGACUCGAAGCAUAGGAGAACAUUGGAUAGAAUGUUCCCGAGGUUACAGACAUGGUACAAUUGGUUCCUAAACAGUCAGAAAGGUGCGGAACCAACGUCGUAUAGAUGGCGUGGGAGGGAUGAUGACGGGUUGCAGUUGAACCCUAAAACGUUGACUUCGGGGUUGGAUGAUUAUCCUAGGGCGUCACAUCCAACGGAUGUUGAAAGGCAUGUCGAUCUAAGAUGUUGGAUGUAUGCAGCUGCUGAUGCCAUGGUCCAUAUAGCUAGGGUUUUGGAGCGGGAUACUGGCAAAUUCGAAGUGAUUCGUGAUCAGUUGGGCGACGAAGAUAUGUUAAAUCAACUGCACUGGUCCUCUCACACAGAAACGUAUGCCGAUUAUGGUUUACACACAGAUGGAGUGAAGUUAGUGCGUCAAGUUGCCAAAACGCCGAAUGAAGUGACGAAAGUAGUACGGUCUGUGACCAGCCCGCCGCAAGAGAGAUUGGUUACGUCCGCUUUUGGCUACAUCUCUCUCUUUCCUAUGUUACUCAAAGUGCUGAGUCCGAAAAGUGUGAAGUUGGGCAAAAUUCUUGAUAUGUUGGACAAACCGGACUUGUUGUGGUCGCCUUAUGGUUUAAGGUCACUAUCAAAGUCAGCGCCUUUAUAUAUGAAAAGGAAUACAGAACACGAUCCUCCAUACUGGCGUGGCCAAGUGUGGAUCAACAUUAAUUAUCUAGCUGUAUCGGCCCUUAAACACUAUGCUAGUGUGGAAGGGCCUUAUGCGGGUAAAGCUGACGAUCUGCAUAGGAGGCUGAAGCAAAAUGUUGUGGGUAACAUAAUAAACCAAUACAAAAGGACGGGGUACCUCUGGGAGCAGUAUUCGGACCAAGAUGGCAAAGGGUCCGGUUGUAAACCAUUUACUGGAUGGACUGCAUUAUUUGUUUUAAUUAUGGCUGAUGAAUAUUAAAAAAAAUAUUAUAGUUCAAAAAGAGCACACGUGUCAGAAGUGAAACUU